GUCAGUUAUGUUGAACGUUCAUCUCAUUAAGUAAGUGUUAUCAGCGUCUACUUCAGUUGAGAGUUCAGAGUGAGAGAAGAUGUUAAAGUCAAAUCUCUUGUGUUUUCUUCUUAUAUUGAUGCUCUCUGUUUUUACUGGAGGAGAGGAUGCGUAUUUCGGAGGUUCGUUGGGCAGAUGCAUCUACAGCACCCGUGAUUACAGUGACAUGGUGUACAUCAGUGCUUAUUUAUUCAAUAAAGAUAAGUACACAGAGUUCAACAGCACUGUGGGGAAGUUUGUGGGGUAUACUGAUUAUGGAGUGAGAAAUGCAGAAUACUGGAAUAAUAAUCCCGACUUCAUGCAGCAAAUGAGAGCUGAGGUGGACAGAUUCUGCAGACAUAAUGCUCAAAUCUUUGACUCAUCUGUCCGUGAUAAAACUGUGAAACCAACUGUUAAGAUCACUUCAGUAAAGCAGCCUCACGGCGGACAUCAAGCCAUGUUGAUGUGCAGCGCGUUCCGCUUCUACCCACAAAGAAUCACAGUGUCCUGGCUGAAAGACGGUAAACCUGUGACCUCUGAUGUGACCUCAACUGAGGAGUUGGCUAAUGGGGACUGGUACUAUCAGAUCCACUCGCACCUGGAAUACACCCCUAAAUCUGGAGAGAAGAUCUCCUGUAUGGUGGAUCACGCCAGCUUCAAUAAACCCAUGAUUGUUGACUGGGAUCCCUCUCUCCCCGAGUCUGAGAGAAAUAAGAUUGUUAUCGGGGCCUCUGGACUGGUGCUGGGAAUCGUCAUAGCAGCUGCUGGACUCAUUUACUACAAGAAGAAAUCAAAAGGGAGGAUCCUGGUACCACAUUAAUGAUGCUAGGUUUAAUGAAACAUUUUGAAAAAACAGUUAAAUUUUUCUCAUCUGUCUGUAACAAAUAUUUACAUGUGCUCUUUGUUUUUAAGAAUUAUGUAAAACAAUCAUAAAUAAUGAAAUACUGAAUUCUCAAACUCAGCCACAUGAUUGUUAAUUUGCACAUCCUCAAACUGUUUAAAUGGGAAUUAAGCUUGGAUCAUUGAUGGAGAAGCGUCAGUCUUAAUGACAACUUUAAUACACAAUCACCUUUUAACUGUUUUUUGUUUUUUUUCUCCUGUUUUUUUUUUUUUUAUUUUAUUUUUUUUUUUACAAUGAAAACACAAUGGGAAUGCAAAAACAGCAUGAGUUCUGAUACAUGUGUUUAACUCACAUUUUGGAAUCUUUAUGUAAUUGGUAUUGAUGUUCUUAAAAACUAUUAUAAAGAAAACAAACUUCUGAUUAUGUAAAUAAUGUGUGAAAUAUGUUUGUAGAUUAUUGCUCUUGCUUCAUUUCCAGGAUUUCCUGAUUAAUUUACUCAGAAGCAAAAUAGAUUGAUAAUGCUUAGUAUGGUAUCAUUUGAAAAACAUGAAUAUAUGUAUUCUGAAGACAGAUUAGAAGAGGUAAAUGCCUGCAAACUAAUAGGCCUUUUGUUUAAUAUAAAAAAAAUCCUAUUUUUAUAUAUCAAGACAUGGGUCUAUCAAAUUUCUAUUGAUGUUACUGUAAUGACCCCAACAGGGCUCUUUAAUUUAGCAUUUUUCUUCCUUAUUAUCCUAGCAAUUAUGCUUGCAUAAUAAUUGAUGCUUCAACAACAACAAUUGUUGUUUCUUAUGUAAACUUAAGCUUCAAAUAAAUAUUUCUAAGCUUCACA